UCAUUAGUUGGUUCUUGUCAUGUGACCCUGAUUGUUUACUAUAAGUAGCCAUCAUGUUGCCUUUGUGCUUGGUCGUGUAUGAAUGUAUUUAUCCUGCUGUCGGUGGAAGCUAAAUGGCAGUCUGCUCAACCCUAAACCCGGCUCCCAUCACAGCCUCUCUGGAGGUAACCUUCGCAUCAACCAUCUAAAUAAAGAACAGGACGCUGGGACGUACCAGUGCCUUGCUUCCAACUCCUUCGGGACUAUUGUCAGCAGGGAGGCCAGCCUAACCUUUGCCUAUUUGGAAAACUUCAAAUCCCACAAGCGGAGUUCUGUGUCUGUCCGGGAAGGACAAGGAGUGGUGCUUCUCUGUGGGCCGCCCCCUCACUCCGGAGCUUUGACGUUCUCCUGGAUUUUUAAUGAGUACCCGUCAUUUGUGAAGCAGGAUUCUCGUCGUUUCGUGUCCCAGGAGACGGGGAAUCUAUACAUCGCUAAAGUUGAGCCAUCUGAUGUGGGCAACUACACCUGUGUUGUGACCAAUACUGUCACCAAGACACGCGUCCAAGGCCCGCCUACUCCUCUGAUACUGCGCAAUGAUGGUGUUAUGGGAGAAUAUGAGCCAAAGAUUGAAGUCCAGUUUCCAGAGAUUGUUCAAGUGGCCAAAGGUUCAACUGUGCGUCUGGAGUGUUUUGCACUGGGGAAUCCAGUACCGUCCAUGAGUUGGCAUCGGGUUGACGGAGUCCCAUUCGCCCGUAAAGUGGAUGUAAGAAAAACCAGCGGUGUGAUGGAAAUCCCUUACUUCCAGCAAGAAGACGCGGGCACGUACGAAUGUGUGGCAGAGAACUCGAAAGGAAGAAACUCUGUGCAGGGAAAGCUGUCUUUCUUUGCCUCCCCCCAGCUAAUUGACAAGCCCCAGGAUGUGCAGAAGGCCAUUGAUGACUCUCUGGUGUGGGAAUGCAAGGCCACAGGGAAGCCCAAACCCUCGUACAGGUGGAUGAAGAAUGGAGAGAACCUGGAGCCCACUGAGGAGAGGGUGCAGGUCAUUAAUGGCGCCCUGUCCAUCACUCGCCUGGUGCUCUCCGAUAUUGGAAUGUACCAGUGCGUGGCUGGGAACAAGUAUGGAGAAGUGUACUCCAAUGCUGAACUCCGAGUUAUCGCUGUCGCUCCUGAUUUCUUCCAAAAUCAGCUGAAGAGCCACAUUUUAGUCAAAGAAGGCGGCGAUGUUCUCAUUGAAUGCAAGCCAAAGAUGUCUCCUCGAGGCACGAUCUCCUGGCACAAAGACAACGACGCCCUCCAAGAAAGCAGCAGAAUUGCUAUACUGGAGAGUGGAAGCCUACGGAUAUACAACACCACUAAAGCGGAUACUGGCACGUACACGUGUGUUGCCCAUAACCAGUUUGGCGAGGCCAGCAGCUCUGGAAACCUACUUGUUAAAGAGCCAACAAUCAUUACAACUGCUCCCAACACGUUGGACGUGACCGUCGGCGAGAGCAUCAUUCUUCCCUGCCAGGUGUCCUACGAUUACUCGCUGGAGCUCAAGUUCACCUGGUUUUUCAACGAGCAGCUCAUCCACUUCGGCAGCCAUGGAGGAUACUUUGAAAAAGUUGGCGGACAGCACUCGGCAGGUGACAUCAUGAUCCGGAACAUUCAGCUGAGGCAUGCUGGGAAGUACACGUGUGCAGUGCAGACUAAGGUGGACAGCAGCUCCAUCGCAACCGACCUGAUUGUCAGAGGUCCCCCCGGCCCCCCUACCAGCAUCCAUGUGGAAGAAAUCACAGAUACCACUGCCACUCUCUCCUGGAGGCCUGGUCCUGAUAAUCACAGUCCAAUUACUGCCUACACCAUCCAGGCUAGAACCCCUUUCUCCCUCGGCUGGCAAGCUGUUAGGACAGUGCCGAAGGUGGUCGGGGGCUCACAUCUGACUGCUACAGUCAUCGAGCUUAACCCCUGGGUGGAGUGUGAAUUCAGAGUGUUGGCAAGCAACGCAGUGGGCACAGGAGAGCCCAGCAAACCCUCAAAGAAAGCCAGGACGAAAGAAACGGUUCCCAAGGUCACCCCAGCCAACGUGAGCGGAGGAGGUGGUACUCGAUCAGAGUUAGUCAUCACUUGGGAGGUAAGAUGGCCAGUGCACUUCACUCGCUCGUCUGUCGGUGUGUGUGUGUGUGUUUCUCUCCCUUAGUGAGUCUUUUGUAUACAGUCUCCUUUUGCAAGCUAGCUAGACACUAUUGUUCCCUUUAUUUGAGGUUUUCAUUAAUCAUAGUAAAGCGGAUACACAUAACACUUCAUUUUCUGUAAGAGCUGCACAGCAAUAACUGCUGCUGUCAUACAAGAGAAGCAGCGAAGAUAAUUAAAUGGAGUUACCCUCGAAUUUUUGCGAGGAACUUUUCAAAGAUUAUGUUCUCUCUCUCUGUAUCUCCUUUCAUGAGACAUGUUCUAUUGUUCAGGUUUGAGAGUCAGCUGGUGUUAUCUAUUGAGCUAGACGUUUGUCACAGGGAGCUUGAAACUUCAUUUCAAGACUUUCUCAUUGUAUUGUCUUUGAAAUAAAAAUGAUGGAUACCACAGAACACCAUCUAUUGUGAUAGAGAAUUUCAUGUCUUCUUUUACUCCAAAACCACCAUGUCCCACUAAUGCAAGGAGUACCGG